CACGAGAGACAUGGCAUCGAGCGCUCGGCGUGCUUCACCGCCUGUUGUCUCCACGCUGCGCGUGCGUCAUGGCUGCAUCGCGCGUGGCCGCCGCAAGUCGCUCCUCAUCGCAGUCCGUACUGCAGUUGCCGUCUGCCGCCUGUGGCGGGUAAGUUCCUUCAAAUUUCUCCGUCGUGUCUCAUCGACAACCUGUUGAGACAUUUGAUUUCGAAACUCGGACGUGGACCUGGAAGCAUGCAACGGCCUGCGGCGACAUGAUCUGCCUCGUGCGUCCUGCCAGCAGGCCAGGCUUCUAGCAGCGUGCCAGCGGACUGGGAAGGGCUGCAGAAGAGGCUCCACUGGAAAGCAGGAGGAGGGAGUAGUCUUCAAGAUUCGCCAUCAUCGUCGUCCUAAUUCAGGUCGCUGUUGAAUCUUUAACCAUCAUCAUGCUGCCUUGGCUGUUUAGUGAAAUGAAGGACAAGUGUAGCCUGAUAUACUAUACCCUGUCGUUCGUGUUCUGUACCGUAUCCUGCACAGAUGUCAACCCCGUAAUAACACUGCAGAAAAAGGAUAUUCUGCCGCUGCACGUGCGGAGCCGGAACCUGCACUACACGGCCGCAGAUCCUCUGUUCUACUCACAAACCUACUCGGACCGCGUCAGCAUCUUUCUUGUACAGAGCGACACCUCAUGGCUGGACAUCAAGUGGCAGUUCGACAACUCUUCUCUUGAUGGAGCCUCGGACAUACCAAUCGUGUCACAGGCGACCUGCGAUUUGCCCAAUGGUCGGAUCGUGUCGGACUUUUUCAACGGCACACGCAACCGCUUCCGGUUCUCGCACUUGAUGUCCGACACGGAGUACACAGUGUGCGUGGUCGUGACGGAGGGAACGCACGUGGAAACCGUCAAAAGGAUGUACUCCAAGUGCACCUACUUUCGGACCAUUCCACUGAUGAGACCGGACAGUGUGGUUGGACUCGUCCUCACCCUCGGGUACUUAAUAGGAAUGAGCGCUUUUGGGUAUGUAGCCUGGAAAUGUCGGAUGUACAAAGUUACUGCCACGCGCACAAAGCAAGAGGACGGUCUGGAGCUCACCUCCCGCUCCAACGGAGAAAGGUUGUCAGAUAUCGAGGAACGUGUUUACCUUAAUUCGUUUCAGCCUUCGUCGAGUUAUAAAACGCAAGAAUUCAUUUGAAAAAAUCAGGCUUGACGAAACCUAUAAGAUACAGGAUAUAUUUAUGACACGAAGAAAUCAAAAACCUGAAACAAGAUUUUAGGACAACACACUUCACACUAUCCAUAGCUAUUUGAGCUGUUUGAGCAAAAAAAAAAAAAAUAAUAAUAAUUAAACAAUUUCAACUCGUUUCUAAAAUAACAUGCAACUCAUGAUCUGAUCUGAUGCCUUACAAAGCCUGUAAUAAGGUUUCAAGAGAUGUGUGACAUGGAGCAUUGUAAGCCUCGUCUUAGGAGAAGUAUAAUAUGCAUCGUAUAAAGAUGGGAAAUGUACAGAUAUAAAUGAAAACGAAACUUGAAAUAUUGUGAUAGGUUACAUAAGUAAUAAGAAAAUAUAAUCAAAAUCCUAAAUGUGACCACCACUAAACAAAGGUAGUUUCCCAGUUUCCAAGUUCAAUGGUGCUACAGGUCACUGUAAUUUCAAGACAUUUGAAAUGGACCUAUUGGACGCAUCGCUAUGAAGAAAUGCUCUUUUCUGGUAUAAUAAAUAGAAAUAAUAAAAGUAAGAAAUCAUAUGGAGUGUGAGCAAGAAUAAAAAAUAACCCAGAAUUUAACGGCUUCCAGGCAAUCUUUUAUAAACCCUAUCGCUGUCCUCUCUCGGACGGAUAAACACACACACGCACACACGCACGCACGCGCGUACACACGCAUAAUUUACAGAUUAAAACAGAAUUUAGUAAUCAGCUGAUAAGAAGCUGAACAUUUCCUGAAACUUAAGCUGUGUACAAAUACUGAAAGCCAUCUAUCCAAAUUAUACAAUUUAUUCAUCUAAAUGUCGUACUAUCUUUUGCUCCGUUACAAGGUGAGAUGAUAUAAAAAGUGCAAUAGUUAUUUAAUUUUCUCUUAUUCAACUGUGAUGUAGGUUCUUAUGUUAGCACUAAUAAUUUUAUGCUUUAGGUUAGCUUUCUUUAUCACACUGUUUCUUGCAGAUCGGACCUAUGCAAAUAUUGUAAGAACUAAUAUAUUGUUUUUGCUGCAACUACUAUGUUUUGCGCUCACCCAACUCCUCGAGUAUACUUCACGUACGUGAUUGGUUCUGAACUGAACUGAAUCUAAGCACUGAGAAAAUUGUCCGUUGAAAAGACCAUAAAGGAGGAAAUAAGUGAAAAUGUGAAGAACCGCUCUAAGCACAGGAUGGUUUGCAAUGUGGACUGACAUUACAUCUUACAGAAAGAUUUGUACAGCGGUGUGCAGAAACAGGAAUAUCACAUAUGAGAAUCUUCUAGAUAUUGCCUGCCUGCUUGGACAUUUGAUGUUAUUUAAGAAUAGAUACAGAUAUUGGCGAAAUAUUUACAGAAUUGAUAUAAAUCACCGAGUGUAGUAAAGCGCCCUCGUCCUUCCAUAAAUUAUCCCGCCGAUUACUUUGUAGUUGAUAAGUGUUUGUCGUGCCAGUUGUUUUUCUGUGUGAAUACAUGUUCUACGUAGAUAAUUGUCAUCAUCACGACAGUUUUAAAUCGUAUAAUAUGGUCAUGUUAUUAAAAGUGCAUAUUAUGUUGUCA